AGAGAUGAAGUCUGUCAUGCCACUAAGAACGUUCUAUAAGUGCUAUUAUGCUAUGUAUCUCUCACAAAAUUGCUCUAUGGGACUGGCGCUUCUGUAAGAACGCACAGUGAUCGGGUCUUCUUAAUAGCAGUUGUGCUACGGUAGAGCUACACUUCUGGUUACACAUAUAUUCAUUUUCUGCUUACCCACUCCUUUAUUCACCAACGACCAAGAUGGGUGACUACGAAAGAUUGCUAAAUGCAGCCAAGAGCUUUUGCGAGUCGUUUGGAAGGGGUGAGGAGCUACCAUCUAUAUUAAGUCAUUUCAGUCCAAAUGGAUACGUAUUCGAGCAUGGACCACCAUUACCUCAGUUGCCUUAUCUUGGUAAGACGUUCGAGGGACAAGAGGAAGACGAGCUCGACGGUGGUACAUAUCUAGUAGAUUAUUUUAAACUUGUCAACAAAUACCUUAAUAUAGAGAACGAACCGGUUUGGGAUGGCUGGUCGGUCGACGUGCGAUAUUCCAGUGAGGGCGAAGCGACAGGCGCUAUAGUUACCUGCAAAGGAGAAGCGACAUUUUUGAACCGCAAAACUGGCAAAAGAUGGGACGAAACAUCACUCUAUCGUAUGGAAUUAGAUAGAGGUGGUCGAAUUACAGGCCUCGAUAUCUGGGCCGAUGUUUACAAUGCAAUCGCGAGCUGCAGAUGAGCUUCCAAGAUAAGCUUUAGGAUAAUAUUAGAAGGAUUUCUAUAGUACACUUAAUUUAUACUUGUAUCACUAAGUUAUUCUCGUUCGUCAUAAUACUCGAAAUAUCUACGGCGGUUUACCACGGGGAUCGCUCUGCAUUGCGUGAUAUUAAGAGAACUAAGUAGGGGUGAACACUUGAUGAUCUCAUUCAAGGACUCCUCAUCAAUCUUGGUUUUCAUUAAUCCGAGUGUUUUCAGUCCUUUUAGUUUGGUUAUACCAGCCACAACAUUUGCGUCUAUAUUGCACUCAUUAAGCUGCAAAUUUUCCAAACAGCGAGGGUCAUUCGCCAUGAUGGCAUCGUUGAAUGCUGCACCAUCGAAUGUCGACCCCGAUAGAUUCAAAUACUAUUGGAUGUCAACGUGUUGGGGUAGUUGAGCUAUGACCUACCUUCAAUUUGCUCGUAAUAUGGUAUGAUAAACACUGACUUCCUUUCAACCGCGGGUUAUUGCUCCAUUCGAGCUCUUCUAGUGCAAAACCUUCCAGAGUGUUUUCUGUCGGCGUAAGACGCCCAUCAACCAAUAAGAACUCAUUAUCCGACGCGCUUGCUUUCCGCAUCAUGCCUGACAUCCACAACACCUUGAUGCUACUGCUCUUGAGUAUUUCCUGGUAGAAUGCAUUGAAGCUGAACAAGUCCAAGCUCAUGAAGGAGAUAUCGAUCUUGACGAGCUGGUUGUAGAGGUUUGGAGGUAGAAACAGCAUUGGGUUUGAUAGACUUUCACAAUUACUACAGUUGAGCACCUUCAAUGAAGGUGCUAGUGUGAGCCAUCUCCCCAAGGCUGCAUCGGAAAUGUUACAUUCUGCGACAUUGAGAUGUUCCAGUUGCGAUAGUGGCUGUAGAUUAGCAUUAACGGAUGAGCUGAUCACACUAUCAAGCAUUUGAUCCCAUUGCGCAGUAUUCUUAGACCCUACUUUUCCCGUAGCAUUGAUGUCUAAGCGCUUCAAUUUGACACAAUUACUGAGCACCUUCGACAGUCCCGCGAGUGGUAUCGCUGUAAAUGACACAUCGAGGUGCUCUAAUUCGGAUAGCAUCUUGAUCGCAUCUAUCGAACCCUCUCCAAUGCUAAGACAACCUCUCAGUUUGAGCGUGCGAAGAUGAGGCGAUUUCCUCACGAAUUGUGGGCCAGACUUGUCUGAUAGCUCGCUGAAACCAGUGAGAUCCAACGUCGUUAGUCCGCCUGGUAACUCUCGCAAUAACUUAGGGUAGUGCUGUCGACUUAACGAAGGAAGACUAUGGUCGAGCUUGAUAGAUGGCGGGAGAAUAAAAAGCUCUCUUAUCAGAGUAAUACUCAUUAAAUCCGCAUAUUUCGUCAUUAUAGCAUCACCCAGCAUCUCCCUAUCAAAAUCAGGCAAUCGGCGGAAGCUUUCUACGAAAGUGUCCCUAGAAGAUUCAUAGAGUUGUUUGAACUUGUCGACUACGAUGGAUAUCGAGAGUUCUUUCAAAGUU